UGAACUUGGGCACCCCAGUCCUAGUCUUGACAAAGGCAAUGAAAAAACGUUGAAGACCAGGAGAGAUCUCAGAGCAGGAUCUCCAAAUCAUUAAGCGUAAACUCUGCGGUGGGAUUCAGGCAGAAAUCACAGGUGCCAUCUUCUCCGAGCAUUGGUUUCACCGCCACUUCUCUGUGGGAUCUGUGACCAAAACAAAAAUCGGAAUCCUAAAAAGGAGCGAUGGGCUCCUACAGCUCGAACCUGGAUGAUAUCUUGGAGGAGGACAUGCAUCACUGGUACACAAAGUUCAUGAAGGAAUCUCCCUCAGGACUAAUCACUCUGUUUGAGCUGAAGACAAUGCUUGACAUGAACGGCAUGACAGAAGAGGCCAACAGUUAUGUGGACCAGGUGUUCUAUACCUUUGAUAUGGACGGGGAUGGCUAUUUAGACUUUGUGGAAUACAUCGCAGCUAUAAGUUUAUUGCUGAAGGGAGAAGUAAAUCAGAAAUUAAAGUGGUACUUCAAGCUUUUUGAUCAAGACGGAAAUGGGAAAAUUGACAAGGAUGAGCUGGAAACUAUAUUUAAGGCUAUUCAAGAUAUCACCAGAAGUUACGAGAUACCUCCAGAGAAAAUUGUGUCUCUUAUAUAUGAGAAAAUAGACGUCAAAGGAGAAGGCGAGUUGACACUGGAAGAGUUCAUCAGCGGAGCGAGGGAGCAUCCUGACAUCAUGGAUAUGCUCACAAGAAUGAUGGAUCUCACACAUGUCUUGGAAAUCAUAGUCAAAGGUCAAAGGAGGAACGCCGUGAAUUGAGAUGAGAUUCCACAUACUGGAUUUUUGCCGAGUUAUGCAUUGUAAAUAAAAAGACAAGACUGUUCUUGAGGGAUUUGGACUUAAUCUCUGCCAGCAACAAGUUAAGUGGCUGAUAUGUCACUUUUUUCUCAGGCUGUGCUUGCAGAGCUUUAUUUACGCAUACACAUUUUUGCAAAAGAUUUUGCUUGUGACUGUUGGGGAAGCUUCGAGUCGUGGUUCCAGGUUGUGCAAAUCAUGGAGUAAAUUCUAUGCAUUUUUAACAAACUGAAUUUUGAACGGUUCUGCUGAAUUCAAACCCUUUUUCUGUUGGUUGUUAAAGUUAAAAAUACAAACAGUACCUAGAGGUGCAGCAAGCAUAAAGAAAGUUUUCUGCAUGUACAGGUUAUAUUAUGGAUGUUACAAUAUGUUGCCACUAUUAUUAUGAAAGUGAUGCCUUUAUGAAUAGUAGAGUUUAUUUUAAAAUUUGUUUCCCUUUUUUAAAGAUUUAUUUGUCAAAAUCAUUGUCAGAGAUUAAAUCCACAUGUGGAAGACAUUUAUUUAAACCUGCAAAGGCUAAAAUGACCUAACUGAGUGUCUUAUUUUGGU